AUGAAUUUUUCUAUUCAAUAUUUCUUGACUGCCAUGUGGCUCUUCGCUCUAUCCUGGGGUCAGCCCCUGAGUGACUCGAGUAACACGCUUGGCAAACUUCAGCCUCACGCCUACCGUCAAGCAUGCCAAGCAUCUAAUCCAGGGAAUCCACUUCAUGGAUGUCCUAAGGAUACUGUUCUUGUAUCUCAGUCGCACAAGCAAGCCAAAUUCCUUACAAUUCAGAGUGCUAUCGACUCCCUUCCAGAUGAUGAUUCUAGCCAAACAAUCCUCAUUCUUGCUGGGAAUUACACCGAACAACUGAACAUCACCCGUUCGGGCCCUUUGACACUUCUUGGGCAGACAAAUCAUCCGACAGAUGCAAGGCAGAAUCAAGUCAAUGUCUUGUGGGCUGCUGCUACUUCUCAGGGAAUCUACACCGACAAUGUCUUCACCAGCGUCAUGGUUGUGGCACCUACUCUCAAUGCCAGCUUGACAGGAUACGGCCCAUCCGGCCUUCCUGUUCCUGAAGACACCCCAUUUGGCUGCCGAGACUUCAGAACGUACAACAUCGACUUUCGAAAUGUCUAUGCUGAUCGGUCUGCGGGCCCAUCGCACGCCUUGAGCUUUAGUCGCGCCAACGGUGGAUUCUACUACUCUGGCUUCUACAGUUAUCAGGAUACAGUCUUCAUUGGAAAACUCGGAAAUGCAUACUUCUACUCCAGUGUCAUAGCUGGCCAGACGGACUUUCUCUACGGGUUCGGCACAGCAUGGUUCGAAGAGUGUGAUCUCGUUCUACGAGGCUGUGGUGGUGGUAUCACAGCUUGGAAGGGAACUAACACAACCUACACCAACAAAUUUGGGGCGUACAUUCACAACUCGACUAUUAAAGCGGCAAACAGCUCGGUGGAAGCGACUUAUCUGGGCAAGUGUGCCCUGGGGCGGCCAUGGAAUAGCGCACAUAGGAGCAUCUUCGCAAAUACCUACGAGGAUACGUCCAUCGCCGCUAGUGGAUAUGUUCUUUGGUCUGCUCCCAUUACCAAUCAAACUCUCAUGGCCGAGUACAAUGAUAUUGGGCCUGGAUUCAAUCUGACUGGGCGUCUUCGGUACAACUAUACUGUCCUACUGGAUGAUAGCGGGUGGGAGCCGUAUAAUUCGCCGAAGAAGGUCUUUUUGACCCCAAAUGGCGAAGAGGGUCCAACCGCUUGGAUUGAUUCAACCUGCAAUAUGGCAUGA